AUGGCGGGCGUUGGUGACACAGCGCUGGCAGCGAGCAGCAGUGGAGGCACUGCUGGCCCUGAUGGGGCCCUGACAAGAGCAGAACCUCGGCAUGAUGGUAAAGCAGGCUUCACAAACACGACAAUCCCCAAAAUGUUGGUAGACAUCCAAAGCCAGAGCUCAACCAUCUCCUUUUCAGGAUGCCUUUCACAAAUGUACUUUUUUAUGUUGCUGGUGGACCUGGACAAUUUCCUCUUGGCAGCCAUGGCAUAUGACAGGUACAUUGCUAUCUGUCAUCCACUACAUUAUGCUGCAUUACUGAGUCCCAAGCAUUGUACCCUGUUGGUAGUGACCCCGUGGGUCAUCUCCAUUCUUGUCUCAACACUGCAUCUCAGUUUGCUGAACCUCUUGACUUUCUGUGAUAAGAGAGAAAUCCCACACUUCUUCUGUGACCUGGAACCCAUUUUAAAGCUUGCUUGCUCAGACACCCAAAUUAACGACUUGACAAUCUUAGUCACUGGUGGAGCAGUAAUCUUUAUACCCUUCGCCUUUAUUAUUGUCUCCUAUGCCCUUAUUGGUUGUACUGUUCUUCGGGUUCCUUCAGCCAAGGGGAAGUGGAAAACAUUCUCUACUUGUAGCUCCCAUCUCUCAGCUGUGUCCCUCUUCUAUGGGUCCAUCAUUGCGGUCUACUUUCUCCCCUUUUCUCACUACUCACCAGAAAGGGAUAAGGUGGCUGCCAUCAUGUAUAAUUGUAACUCCCAUGAUGAACCCCUUCAUCUAUAG